AUGUCGAAGGUUGUCAACUGUAUGAUUGAUAUUUUAUCAGCGGUUGAAGUGGAAAAGAAUGGGAAAAAGAUGAGAUUCUGGUGGAUCCCGACAGCUUUAUCGCGGCCAGACAGUUUAUGUUAUAGUACUAUAAGUAAUAAAAAGACAUGGUUUGAAUGGUGUGGAGAGGUUGAUCAGUUGGAAAAGGUUUACGUGCCUGUGCUUGCUAAAAGACAUUGGUUUCUAGCCGUAAUCAAUAUGUUUGAGAAGAAAGUUAAUGUGUUCGAUAACUUCAGCAUUCCUUCGUAUUUAUUAUGUGGUGGCAUAAUUAUGUCGAUGCUAUGCUCCAUGGACAAUGCAUUCAGUGAACAAUUCAAAAAAGUUUACGGAUCCGAUUUUUCUUUUACACAAUUUAGUAUAAGUGAACCUAUUUCCCAUCGAUACAAAUGCGUUGAUUAUGAUUGCAGUGUGUAUGUCACAAGAAUGCUUCUACAAGAAUAUGUGAAGGGAGUGUUAGGUGAUGAAGCAGAUGAUGUGGUUGAUGACUAUGUUCCUGGAAUACCUAUUCGAAUAGGACCAUUAUAUGUACCGCGGGAGUUUGAUUGGAAGGUUAUAGGGGCACUAAUUUUGACAUCUUCACUGAACAAAAGAAGAGAUUUUAUAAUAGAGAAAGCGUCCUGCGUUUGUUAACUUUGUUUUGUAAUUUUGUGAGUAAUGUGAAUAGGCACACAAUUAUGAAAUGCAAGGAUUGCAUUAGUUAGAAAGCUACGCUAAGGAAGAAGAAAAAGAAGAUAUUGAA